GUGGCUCUGGGUAUGAAGGGGAGGGCUGACUUUGCAGCAGCAUUUGUAACCUGCAAGAAAAGACGAGAGAGCUCAAAUGUGUCAGGACAGCAAACUGAACUUUCUCUGAAAACGCCAAGGGGUGUUCUGUGGAUUUCAUGGCUCUCCUCACCAACAUGGCCAUCCUGAUGGUGCUCGCUUGUAUUUCCCAUCAGAUGAUGUUGGGCAGCUGUCAGAGGAUUCACGGACGUAGAGGACGGGGGGACAGAGGACAUCGCAAGGAAAGAUCAGGACUGAGCCGUGUGAAACCUGUUGGAGACAAAUUUGUCACAAAAGAUGGUUCACGUUGCACCUGGACUGCAACAGAAAAUGAUCCUUUGUUCCUCUUCGUUACUUGCAAAACAGGUGAAAACAGCUUCAUCUGUAGAUAUAUGGGCAGACCAUCUCUUUGUCCCCAAUAUACUUCCAACACUUUACUGUAUUGGAAGCAGAUUACCAGGGCUCUGAAGAAGCAAAACAGCCUGUGUCAUAAUGAAAAGUUACUGGUGAGGGCAGGCGUGUGCAAACAAGCCCCCAGAGAGGCUCACUUUAGGCUUGUAGUUGCCCAGAAGGCUGUGACUCCUUUGCCUUACAUUCCAGCAGCUCCAGACACAGCCACCAAAUCCUGCCUGCCUAAGAACAAGAAACUGGCCAAAGAGUUCUGCAGUGACUCCUGGUCCAGCGUUUGCACAUUUUUUUCCACCAUGGUGAACAAUUAUGAUUGCUGAGAUAGAAACAAG